AUGAAUAAAAGAUAUAGACAGCAGCAAUACUUUAUUACAACAACAGUAUUAUUACAGAUAUUAUAUUUAUUAUGUUGUAACUAUGGCCAUCAAGGAGGAGUGACGGUUUCAAAUGCACAAACACAAAGUCCAAGUCAGGGUUUAAUGAAAUACACCACCAUUGUGACAUAUGACCAAGGAGAAUGUAGCUCUGGCCAAAUACCAACCAAUCCCCCCGAAAAGAUAGUAUCGUUUACGCCAGAAGAAUGUUACAGGUAUCCAACUCGUAGUAUAUUGACUCGAUGGAAUUCACCAACCUCUGUUCAGCUCCAAAUUUUCAACACGAUGACCUGCCAAGGAAUGAUUCUGACCGACAUGACUAUCGACACUUCCAUUGCAGGUUGCCAGAAUCCAUUCGGUCUUCCCAAAUGGUUUAUCAUUCUAUUUGGAAAACCACAAGCUCCAAUCAUCGGAUCGUUACCAUAUUUAUACUAUGAAAAAACUUCACUCAGUUUCUUUUGUUAUCCAGGUGUAGACAGAUAUUACAGUGCUAGAACCUACUUGAUGCCUGGUAGAUGCACAUUUAGUGAUUAUAUGGGUAUUGCUGAAAGAGGUGUUGAUGGUACAGACACAUCGAUACAGACUAUCAACGAUGCUGUCAAUUGUGCAGGUGCAACUACCACCUAUGACUAUGAUUGUCCUGCAGUCAUCAAUCCCUACAGAAUAGGCUUGGCAUUCAAAACAAAACCAUACACUCGAGUCACAGGCACUGUCACUGUUCUAUCGUACACUGCCAUCAGAGUACUCGGGCUAGACCUUGGUUUCGAUCAAAAAGCAAAUGCCUUUACAACGGUGAUGCUCAACCAAUUAUCAACAAGCACACCUUACAAAGAUGGCUAUUCAUUCCAAGCUUCUACAAAUAUGACCUUUACAAGUUUAACUGCUGGCUUUUCAGGUACCAUAUCAUUUUACGUUGAUGGUUUUGAUUAUGUUAAUAAUAUUGAAGUUGCUCCCUUAACAACUCAACCUUUUACAAUUCCUUCUUACCCAACGAUGACAACUAUUACACCAGUAACUGUUACUACCAAUUCUAUUACUAUUACGUAUGGAUCUACUGGUGGAUUUGUAACCAAUGGAAAUACGUAUGCUGUAAGUGCUACCAUUUUACCAUCGACUACACUUUUGUUCCCACAAUGCUCGGCUAUUACAACAUGUCAAUUGGUCGGACUGCCACCAGGCGCUCUCGUCAACGUCUCUGUCACCGUCUCCAACAGUGGUUCAUCAAGCACCCAAUUUAUAAUGCAACAACUUGUAAAACCGAUAAGCAACCUUGAUUUUGCAUUCCAAACGGCCUAUUCGACCGGCAACAUCACCUUUUCGUAUAGUGACACAGGAUACGGAGAGACAAACUUUAUUACAAGUGUAAUGGAUCAAACUACAUUGGCCAAUACUACGUACAACACCAAAAAUAUGUUUCAACUAUUUGCAGUAGCACCAAGUAUACCAACCAAUUACAGAGUCAACGUUACUGCCCUCAACGAUGGAAACAUGUUACAAGUUAUAAAAACAUUUAAUUGGUUAGGAAAUAUUCUACUUAGUAAUAUAACUAUAACAGAUAUUACAUCAAUUUCAGCAAAUUUUUGGUGUAAUAUUGAUAAUUUGGCUACUGGAAAUUACCAGAUCCCCAUUACUUCAGCAACUGGUUCUUUAGUGUCAAUUGGAAUCAGUUCAAAAGGACCUAUAAAACUAUCCCUUACUCCAAACACUCAAUACACCUUUUCAGCCACUGUUAUUGAAGCAACGACAUUCCGUAAAUCCCAAACACUCCCAUUCGUCUUUAGUUCCGUUUCAACCAUUCAAAUCACUGCUGUUGAAACGAUCCAAAAAAUGAACGCUUUAAACCAAACCUAUUUACAAAUAAGACCAACGAUACAAGGUGGAUCUCCCACUAUUCCUACUAUUUUCCAAUCAGUCUCUACCAAUUUCACAAAUGGAGUCACAUUUAAUACCUCUACAAACUCAUUUACAGCUCCAAACCUUGCAGUUCCAAGUGGUCCAUUUAAUUUAAAUAUUAGAGCAUCUCAACUUGAUGAUCAAGUAACAAGUAUUUUUACUUUUAGAAUUUAUAAAUUCCCAUCAGUUGAUCAAAUCAAUGUAACAAGUGGAUAUGAAUCUGCAAACGUUUCAUGGACAAGUAGUGGUGGAGUACCUGGAACCAUUAGUUACGAAGUGACCAUUUAUAAUCCGAGUAGUACACAUCCAACCCCUGUUUCUGUAUGCUCUGGUGUUGCCACUAGUUGUUUGAUUACCAAACUAACUUCCAAUACUCCCUAUGCCGUAGAUAUCAUUGUCUCUUCUUCUCAAUUUGAUGAUUAUGUUAAAACAUCUUCAAUUCAAACUUUAAGAUGUAUAUCCAAAUAA